UUCUCUUCACCAAAACAUAGAACGAACAAUGGCUGCUAGUAUGUUGAUGAAGAUGGCUUGUGUGGUUGUGGCUUGCAUGGUGGUGUUAGCACCCCAUGCAGAAGCAGCCCUCACAUGUGGUACGGUGGUUAGCAGCUUGAUUCCAUGCCUGCCUUACCUACGGUCAGGUGGGGUGCCUCCUCCAGCCUGUUGUGGUGGUGUUAAAAAACUUAACGGUGCUGCUAACAACAGCGCUGACCGGAAGACCGCGUGUGGCUGCCUUAAGAAUGCCUACAGUUCCAACCCAGGGAUCAACUCAGGAAAUGCUGCCAGCCUCCCAUCCAAAUGUGGUGUCAAUAUUCCAUACAAGAUCAGCCCCAAUACCGACUGUUCCAAGGUUCAGUAAUUUAUGAAGAACGAAGAACGAAGAACAAGGCUAAAUAAAGAAGGGAGAUGAGAUUCCAUGUGUGUUGUAUUUUGUCAUUUCAGUAAUAAAAGAUAAUAGGCCAAUUAGCAAUGGCUCUUUUCAUAAUGUCUCGUUUUUGUUUCUCAUACGUACGUGUAUUUGGAUUCUAGGAUUUUUCCUGUUUCUUCAGCACAAUUCCUUGUAUCUCUCUCUCUCUCUCUCUCUAGUAUAAUAUAAUCAAAUACUGAAGGGUUCAAUUUGAAACUUCUA